AUGGAGAAACCUAGGUUUGUUUCCUCUCCUACGGCUGCCAUGGAAACCGUGGAUGGGCCUUCGGCGGCUUUCAUUUAUCUUAAGUUCAAACUGCGCCCUAAGCACGAUGAGUGUCGUCGAGUUUUUGAAAUCUCUUGGGCUCCCUUAGAGGACAUCGAGACUGUUGGGAGUUUUGAAGGCCAAAGGAUUAGCGAUACCGCCGUUAAUGAGGGAGCUGUCAAACAGGCUGGUGAUCUCAGGGAGCCACGAGAAAGACACCGUUUUGAUAUGGAGACUGUUUUGUCACACGGGUCAACUCAUGGUACACUUCAAACACCGCCUUGGGCCCUUACCGGGAGAGAUGAAACGAGCGGACGGCCAUGUCACACGACCUCUUGGAUGAACGAUGCGCGUGAUUUCGUAACUCUUGCUGGCGACCUAGAAGCUCCGAUGUUCUACGAUUUCGGAAGCUCUUCCAGAUCCGUUUUCGACGAGGCUGUAUCCAUCAAAUGUGGCGGGACGUCACAAGUGUUUCGAGUCCAAUUCCAUUCGGGACUUGUGCAUGAAUAUGCAGCUGAAGGGAAGGAAGAACAUGCCUUCGCUUUGAAGAAGAUCUGCAACGGAACUAGCCAGGACUACGCACGCGAACGAGACGCUUAUCGAAGACUGAGCCUUGCGCAGAACCCUCAUCCACACAUCGUCCCCCUUCUUGCUUCCUAUUUGAUGGAAAGCAAAUAUCACAUGGUCUUCCCGUUGGCUGACUGCGAUCUUGCUAUGUAUUUGCGAAACCAACCCAAACCAUCCAACGACAAACGCACCCUUGAGUGGUUCGGUGGUCAAUUGAGAGGACUUGCGGAUGCUUUGUCUACCAUCCAUGGACAAAAAGGGCAAGCUAAAACAGUCUAUGGGGUCCAUGGGGAUAUCAAGCCAGAGAACAUCCUCUGCUUUGGUUCCAAUGAUGGUGAUAGACCGAUGCGACUCGCGCUCACGGACUUUGGGUCUUCAUACUUCUGCACUCCCGGCGAGAGAGACAUCCCCAAGGGUCUCAAACACACGCCAGCCUAUCGCGCCCCGGAGAUCGAUUUCACGACUGUGGGCAUUACGCAGGCCUACGAUGUCUGGAGUCUUGGUUGUGUCUUUGCUGAAGUCAUUGCUUGGUUCUACGAAGGCAGAAAUGGUAUCGCGAAGCUGAUCGACGCUCGACUCGAUGAAGAAAGCAACAGUCCUAAUCGAGAUGCCUUCUUUUAUGUGAAGUACGACUUCAACAAUAGAGGCGGACUUUCGGCGAAACUCAAGCCUGAGAUCCAAAGGUUGAUGAUAUCCCUUCGUAUGAGCUCUCGAUCAUCCCUCUUCAUGGAUGACAUGCUCUAUAUCGUCCUUGAGGGGAUGCUCAAAAUCAACGUGAGCGAAAGAAUGUCAGCUGGGGAAGUCCUCGACGCCCUGACCCAAAUGUGCCUCAAGUUGGAAAACGACCCGGCCUAUUCUGAAUCUCGUCUUAACAGUAACGUAGAAAUGGUCCACACUCAGCAUGCCAGGCAACGACUCGACCGAACGGUCGAUGCCACACAUUAUACCAACGUAACAACCCAGAGCGAUACUAGUGCGCAAAUCAGUUUUAAGCCUCGCUUUGCAUGCCCCUAUCACAAAGCAGGUAUACUGGUCUCGGUCCACCAUCGAGCUUGCGAAGGUCCUGGAUGGAUUGAUGUAAACAAAGUCAAAGAACAUCUUUUCCGCUGCCAUCUCCCAAAGAAGUACAGAGGUAAACACACCUGCCGUCGAUGCGACACCAGCUUCGAAACAGACGAGCUCCUCCUGGAUCAUCAGCAUCAAGAGACACCAUGCCCCAAAAGGAAGCCAGAGGCAAUUCAUGGCAUGUUGAGUAGAGAGCAAGCAGCUCGACUCCGCUCCCUCAAGAGGAAGUCAUCGAAAGAAAGUGAGGAAGACCGAUGGUUCGAUAUCUACCGCAUCGCAUUUCCAAAGUUCAAUCGAAUGAUGGAGAAUAUCUCGCCUUAUCACGAGUCCAACACUACUUCCCUCAGCACCAUAAACUCGACAAGUUCGAACGGAAUAUCUCAGUACAAAGACUAUCUCCUCAACCUUGAUGCGGAGGAAUAUGCCACCAAACUAGCCAACAUGGGGAUUGACGUCACACUUGAGGCAGCCACUAAGCUCCUCAAAUUGCAGGUCAAGGACCUUGAAAGCUUUGACGAGACCAUGCGGGAGCCUGUUCGAGCCUACGGAUUUGAGACUGAUGCAGAUCACGAGAAGAUCGGAGACAGUGUUCCCUCCGGGCUCAAUGGUUCAUCUGAUCUUCUGGGCCAAUUUCUGCUUUUAGCAAAUGUGGGGAUGACAGGAAACUCUCAUUGA